ACAUUUAUUAAAUGAUCAUAAAUAUAAUUAUCUUAGGAGCUAUCUCAUCUCUGUAGCAAGAUCUACUGCAAUGGAAGAAAAGAAUGGCACAGUUUGUGUAACUGGCGGAACAGGUUAUGUAGCAUCAUGGCUGAUUAUGAGGCUUCUUCAACGUGGUUACACUGUCAGAGCUACUGUUAGAUCCAACCCAGAAAAUAAAAGAGACCUUAGUUACAUAACAAACCUACCGGGAGCUGCAGAAAGGCUAAAAAUCUACAAUGCAGAGUUAAACAAACCCGAGAGUUUCAAAGAGGCAAUUGAAGGUUGCGUAGGUGUAUUCCACGUGGCACAUCCUAUGAAAACUGAAGGAAAAGAAGCAGAAGAAUUGGCGACAAAAACAGCGGUAGAAGGAUUAUUAGGCAUUUUAAAUGCAUCUUUGAACUCAAAAUCAGUGAAAAAAGUUGUUUAUACUUCUACUUUAGCGACAAUUAUGUACAAUGACAAGGGUUUAAGUGUAACAGAUGAAAGUACGUGGAGUGAUAUUGAUAUUUGUAGAAGAAAUACACAGUCGUCGUCUAUAAGCUCGUCGUAUUUGGUUUCGAAGACUGUAACGGAAAAGACAGCGCUAGAUUUCGCAACAAAAAAUGAAUUGGAUCUCGUCACGGUUGUUCUUCCUUUGGUUGUUGGACCUUUCAUUUGUCCUUAUAUUCCUUCCUCUAUUUCCUUCACUCUCGCUAUUGUCUUUGGGAAGCAAGAGAUGUAUAAAAAUGUGAAUAACUUUUACAUGGUACAUAUUGAUGACGCGGUGGAUGCACAUAUAUUUCUCUUUGAAAAUCCGAAUGCAAAAGGGAGGUACAUUUGUUCCUCAAUUCAAAUGACUACUUAUGCAACGGUCCAAUUUCUUUCGGCAAAAUAUCAUGAAUAUCAAGCAUCCACAAUCAGCAGUGAUGAUUUUAAGGAGACUGAAGAUUGCAUGAUAUCGAAGCUCUCAUCAAUGAAACUUUUAGACUUGGGUUUCAAGUACAGAUUUGGUAUGGAAGAAAUGUUUGAUGGAGCUAUUCAGUGUUGCAAAGAUAGAGGCUUUCUACGUCACAUUAAUCAUGUAUCAAACAAUACUAAAGAAGAUAAUAUUGUAUAAUUAUUUUUCAAAAAGUAAAUUUGAAAUAGACUUUGAUUUGGUAUAACUUGUUACAUGGAA